UAUGCAAGACAACAACUGUUGUAAAGAAGACAUGCAUGGCAGAGAAAGUUUGAUUGAAAGAGGGAGGGCGAGAAUGCCAGAGAGCGAAUGAGGAGGUAGAGUGAGUGAGUGAGUGUGUGAGUGAGAGGGGGAGCGAAAGAGAAAAGGCAGAAAGCAACAGGCUCCUUUAUUCACACAGAGAGACACAUCUGACUUACACAAGUCAACUGAGCCGCUCUCGUUCGCUCAGUUCAACCCUUCACUCCAGACCUCCGUCGGGAUCACCAUAUCAGGCACCUGUUGGAUUGUACAUCAAUUUUGGAUCACUUGCUGAGCUCAUCUUCCCUCUAAACCAGUGCUACGCAAACCAACAAAAGUGUAUAAUGGAUUUACGGUUAGCGCAUAGAGUUUAGUCAAAUAAUUCCUUUAAUAAAAAGUGCCUGACUGGGAAGUGAGAUAGUGGUUAGAGACAGAUAAUUCACCAUCUCAACGCUAGCACCAUCUUUGGACGCUGGAGGAGCGCCAUCAUCAAAAUGGCAACAAAUAGGGAGAGGCCUGUGAGUCACAUGACAGGGUUCUACCCCUUUGCCUUCAGCUCAAUGCGAAACCACUCCCCCUUUGAUCUCCUGGCCAAUGGCAGCCUCUUUGGACGAUUUGGGGCGGACCUUCCCAAAGAGAUGGCAGCUCUGUCGGUGGAGACCCAGAGCACAAGCUCAGAGGAGAUGGUUCCCAGUUCUCCUUCUCCACCUCCUCCUCCUCGCAUCUAUAAACCCUGCUUUGUGUGCCAGGACAAAUCCUCUGGCUAUCAUUAUGGAGUGAGCUCUUGUGAGGGCUGCAAGGGUUUUUUCCGCCGCAGUAUCCAGAAGAACAUGGUGUACACCUGUCACAGAGACAAGAACUGCCAGAUCAACAAGGUGACGCGUAACCGCUGUCAGUACUGCCGACUGCAGAAGUGCUUCGAGGUCGGCAUGUCGAAGGAAGUGCGGAACGACAGGAAUAAGAAAAAGAAGGACGUAAAAGAGGAGGUGGUUCUUCCAGAAAGCUAUGAGCUGAGUGGAGAACUGGAAGAACUGGUUAAUAAAGUCAGCAAAGCGCACAGGGAAACCUUCCCUUCGCUCUGUCAGCUGGGGAAAUACACGACUAACUCCAGUGCGGAUCACAGGGUUCAGCUGGAUCUUGGAUUGUGGGAUAAGUUCAGUGAACUCUCCACAAAGUGCAUUAUAAAGAUUGUGGAGUUUGCCAAACGUCUGCCAGGUUUUACUUCACUCACCAUUGCAGACCAGAUCACCUUACUGAAGUCUGCCUGCCUUGAUAUACUGAUGUUGCGUAUCUGUACUCGCUACACUCCGGAGCAGGACACGAUGACCUUCUCGGAUGGGCUGACCCUCAACAGGACACAGAUGCACAACGCUGGUUUCGGGCCGCUCACAGACCUGGUGUUUGCUUUCGCCGGGCAGCUCCUGCCUCUGGAGAUGGACGACACUGAGACCGGGCUCCUGAGUGCGAUCUGCCUCAUCUGUGGAGACCGCAUGGAUCUGGAAGAGCCUCAUCGUGUGGAUCAGCUACAGGAACCUCUGCUAGAGGCGUUAAAGAUCUACGCUCGCCGUCGACGUCCCAACAAACCUCACAUGUUCCCACGGAUGUUGAUGAAGGUCACUGACCUCCGAGGCAUCAGCACUAAAGGAGCGGAGCGAGCCAUCACUCUGAAGAUGGAGAUCCCAGGCCCGAUGCCUCCUCUGAUCCGAGAGAUGCUGGAGAACCCUGAGGCCUUUGAGGAGAAGUCUGACUCUAAAGACAAUGAAGCUGCCGCCCCCCUGCCACCCCCCGCCAUCCAGGCCAUCAAACGCGAACGGGACGAGGAAUCUGCCCUGGAGGACGAAGAAGACGAGGAGGACGAGUGUGUGGAGGAGGGACGGGACAGGGCAGGGGACAGUGAGGAUGAGGAAUGGGGGAUCCUGCAAGUGGACAUGAGCGGAGCUAGAAAGAGUGUGUCAGGACGAGCGCAGUGACCGCUGGACGGCAGUAUGUAUGCGGGUCUGAGACACACACACACACAACAGCAGACACCUUCAGAUUGUAGACACCUGAGCAGUCGAUGCAAACAGAUUUUCCAUCAUUCGGUCAAACAAACAACACCGUUUCCCAUAAUAACUCUAUAUGACACAAAUAAGCAUGCACAACUUUGCACAUCAAGUUUCCCUCAACCAUCCAAAAGCAGUAAAAAAUGACAUCAUAAAAACUGAGAAAAACAUGCCAAUGUUACUUUAGACAGUGUUUCUCUAACUGAAUAGAGAGAGAAAUUAAAAUGAGUGCGAGACUAGAGAAAGAAAGGCCUUUAUGCCAUAUCUGGAUGUUACUUGGUAUAUGCAUAUUUUGUACUACAUUUGGAGAUGCCAAAUAUUUGAGAAUGCAUCCCAAAGCCUUGUUCUCUAUAAGGGAAGCAAUUUUCACAACUGUAUAUGAAUGCAUAAUCAGAGCUGAUCAAUGAGAUAAGAGAAAAAAACAACAAACAACCACAUGACCAAUUCAAUGGUCUAAAAAAAAACUUUUUUUCUAGACAUACAUUUACUGCAUAACUUUGUACUCUUGAUGUUGCAUUGUCUCAGAUAUAUUACAUUUUGUAUAUGCAUACUUUUCAACAACUCUAUUCUUCUUUCAGUGUGUUUUUAUGUGUGUUUGAGUGCAUGCUUUUUACUAAACGCUCCAACAAUAUCCUACAGCCAUUCUCUACAUCUGAAUUUACCAUUUAUACCAAUUUUAGGGUUUGGGGCAUUAGAAGAUUAUAAAAUAAUUGUUUUUAGGUUGAUAUUUUGAAUUGAAAGU